AUGGCUUCCACUUCCAUCUGCCGAGGAUUGUCGCAAUUCUCAAGAGUUGCGGCUCGUUCUUCCUCCCUCUCCCUUCAGCACUCCAAGAGAGCAGCCGCUCCUUUGACUCUUCGGUCUUGGUUCUCCAGUUAUCCUCCUCAUGAAGUUGUUGGACUCCCAGCUCUAUCGCCAACAAUGGAAACUGGUACAAUUGCUAGCUGGAACAAGGAAGAAGGAGAUACCUUUGGGCCAGGAGAAAGUUUGUGUAGUGUGGAAACCGACAAGGCAACUGUCGACUUUGAAGCACAGGACGAUGGUAUUGUGGCAAAAAUUCUCGUUCCAGCCGGAUCCGAUGAGAUUCAAUGCGGGCAACCUAUCAUGAUUACAGUCGAAGAAGGAGAGGAUAUCUCUGCCUUUGCGGACUAUGUUUUGGAGGAGUCUGCCGCUCCUGCUCCAGCGGAACCUGCUGCUGCGGAACCAGCUCCAACUCCUGCCCCAACUCCCACACCACCUCCAGCUGCUGCACCAGCACCCGCUGCCGCACCUUCUGGUGGACGUGUCGUAGCCUCUCCGUUGGCACACAUGUUGGCCAAAGAUAUGGGAUACGACAUUUCGUCCAUUGUUGGAACUGGACCUGAUGGCCGCAUUAUUGCCGAUGAUGUCAAAGAAUUCGACCCUUCCACUGUUUCUGCUGCCAUGCCUACCGAAGGAUCACCUGGCCAAGCAGCCAUUGCUGCAGCAGAUCCCAUUCCAGGAGUUGGAUAUAUGGAUUAUCCAAUCUCUGCUUCUUCCAAGGAAACUGCCAUGCGAUUGGCACAAUCUAAACGCAAUGUUCCUCAUUACUAUUUGACAGUCGAUGUUACCAUGGACGAACUACUCAAGCUUCGAUCCACUUUGUCUAGUGUCCUUGGAGAGGAGAGCAACUUGGGAGUCUACGAACUCAUUAUUAAGGCUGCUGCCAAAUCCAUGAAGGCUGUUCCUUCUGCCAAUGCCAGUUGGAUGGACAGUGUAGUCCGUGUGUACGAUUCGGUCGAUGUCAAUGUCGUGGUUGGAACUGGAGAUAAUCUUUACUCUCCUGUUAUCAGAGAUUGCGGUUCCAAGGGCCUCAAGGGCAUUUCCGAUGAAUUGAAUGCCGCUGUUACAGCUGUCGAGGAAGGUGAAUUGUCUUCGGAAUUUGCAUCCAUGGGAACCCUCACAAUUUUGAACUUGGGAAUGUAUGGAGUCAAGUCGUGUGCACCUGUGAUUCGAGAGCCACAAUCUGUUGCUUUGGCAAUCGGUGCUUUGGAAAACAGAAUUGUGCCGAACGAUGACCUCGACAGUGAGGAGAUUUACAAAGAAAGUGUUGUGAUGACAGCCACUUUGAGUUGUGACCAUCGAGUAGUUGACGGAGCUGUUGGAGCACAAUGGCUCAGCGCCUUCAAGUCCUACCUGGAAAGCCCAUCUACGCUCUUACUAUAA